AUGUUAAGGAUACCUGUAAGAAAGGCCUUAGUAGGCCUUUCCAAGUCUUCUAAAGGAUGUGUUCGAACAACUGCCACAGCAGCAAGCAACUUGAUUGAAGUAUUUGUUGAUGGUCAGUCUGUCAUGGUGGAACCAGGAACUACCGUCCUUCAAGCUUGUGAGAAGGUUGGCAUGCAGAUUCCUCGAUUCUGUUAUCAUGAAAGGUUGUCUGUUGCUGGAAACUGCAGGAUGUGCCUUGUUGAAAUUGAGAAAGCUCCUAAGGUUGUAGCUGCUUGUGCCAUGCCAGUAAUGAAAGGUUGGAAUAUCCUGACAAACUCUGAGAAAACUAAGAAAGCCAGAGAAGGUGUGAUGGAGUUCUUAUUAGCAAAUCACCCACUGGACUGUCCUAUUUGUGACCAGGGAGGUGAAUGUGAUCUGCAGGACCAGUCCAUGAUGUUUGGAAGCGAUAGGAGCCGGUUUUUAGAGGGGAAACGUGCUGUGGAGGACAAGAACAUUGGGCCGUUGGUGAAAACCAUUAUGACUAGAUGUAUACAGUGUACUCGCUGCAUCAGGUUUGCAAGUGAGAUUGCAGGAGUGGAUGAUUUGGGAACUACAGGCAGAGGAAACGAUAUGCAAGUUGGCACAUACAUUGAAAAGAUGUUCAUGUCUGAACUUUCUGGCAAUAUCAUUGAUAUCUGCCCUGUAGGUGCCCUGACCUCUAAGCCCUAUGCCUUUACUGCUCGGCCUUGGGAAACAAGAAAGACAGAGUCCAUUGAUGUAAUGGAUGCAGUUGGAAGUAAUAUUGUGGUCAGCACAAGAACUGGAGAGGUAAUGAGGAUUUUGCCACGGAUGCAUGAGGACAUCAAUGAAGAAUGGAUCUCUGAUAAAACCAGAUUUGCUUAUGAUGGGCUAAAACGUCAAAGACUUACUGAACCGAUGGUCAGAAAUGAAAAGGGACUUUUAACACAUACCACCUGGGAGGAUGCACUCUCUCGUGUAGCUGGAAUGUUGCAGAGUUUUCAAGGCAACGAUGUGGCAGCGAUUGCAGGUGGCUUGGUGGACGCUGAAGCCCUUAUAGCUCUCAAAGAUUUACUUAACAGAGUGGAUUCUGACACCCUGUGCACUGAAGAGGUCUUCCCCACCAUAGGAGCUGGCACAGAUCUACGUUCCAAUUAUCUUCUUAAUACUACAAUCGCUGGUGUGGAGGAAGCAGAUGUUGUCCUUCUAGUUGGUACAAAUCCACGUUUUGAGGCACCGCUAUUUAAUGCUAGAAUUCGAAAGAGCUGGCUUCAUAAUGACUUAAAAGUGGCCCUUAUAGGCAGCCCAGUGGAUCUCACUUACAGAUAUGACCAUCUGGGAGAUUCUCCCAAAAUUCUUCAAGACAUUGCUUCGGGUAGUCAUCCAUUCAACCAGGUCCUACAGGAAGCUAAAAAACCAAUGGUGGUUUUAGGCAGUUCUGCACUCCAGAGAAAUGAUGGCGCAGCAAUUCUUGCAGCUGUUUCCAACAUUGCUCAAAAGGUUCGGACAAGUAGUGGUGUUACUGGGGAUUGGAAAGUUAUGAAUAUCCUUCAUAGGAUUGCAAGCCAAGUAGCUGCUUUGGACCUUGGCUAUAAGCCUGGGGUGGAAGCAAUUCGGAAGAAUCCUCCCAAAAUGCUGUUUCUCCUGGGAGCAGAUGGAGGUUGUGUCACUCGACAGGAUUUGCCAAAGGAUUGUUUCAUUGUUUAUCAAGGACAUCAUGGCGACGUGGGAGCACCUAUAGCUGAUGUUAUUCUCCCUGGUGCUGCUUACACAGAGAAGUCUGCUACUUAUGUUAAUACCGAGGGCCGAGCUCAGCAGACAAAAGUAGCAGUGACACCUCCUGGCUUGGCAAGAGAAGACUGGAAAAUUAUAAGAGCCCUUUCUGAGAUUGCAGGUAUGACUCUUCCAUAUGAUACCCUGGAUCAAGUGAGAAACAGAUUGGAAGAAGUCUCUCCUAAUCUUGUUCGAUAUGAUGAUGUUGAAGGAGCUAAUUAUUUCCAGCAAGCAAGUGAGCUUUCCAAGCUAGUGAACCAACAGCUUCUUGCUGAUCCACUUGUUCCACCUCAGCUAACAAUAAAAGACUUCUACAUGACAGAUUCAAUUAGCAGAGCCUCACAGACAAUGGCUAAAUGUGUCAAAGCUGUUACAGAGGGUGCCCAUGCAGUAGAAGAACCAUCCAUAUGCUGA